AUGCCGGGUACUCCAUGCAUUCCAUGCAUUGGUCUCUCUGUCCCUUUGCACACCACAUCAUGCAUGCUCGCCAUCCUUUCUCCCCGUUUCGCCACUCCCCCUCUUUUCACUACCCCCCCUCACCCAUCAAGUGUUGGGGGCAGUGACGCACACGCAAGACGCUUGCGCCUCACUGCUAACCUCCCUCAUGCGCUCCUCCCUACCCAUGCCAUCUUCCCCCCACUCCUCUUUCCUUCAUGCCCACAGGGUGGAGUACGCCAUGCAGGCAGUGAAGCAGGGCAGUGCAGCAUAGGCAAGACGCCUGCGACUCACUAUUAUCCUUCCUCAUUCGCUCCUCCCUCCUCAACUCAUGCCCUCUUUCGCCCCCUCCUCUCCCCUGCAUGCCCACCAGGUGGGGCGGUGAAGCAGGGCAGCAUGGCACAGGCGAGACAUGUGUGCCUCGCUGCUAUCCUCCCUCAUGCCCUCUCCCCUCCAACACCCCCCCCCCCUCCCCCUCCUCUCUGCCCCCCUCCUCCACACCAGGCGGAGGACGCCAUGGAGGCGGUGAAGCAAGGCAUUGCAGCAGUGGGCCUGCGCAGGACCACACACGCCGUGCUGGCCACGCUCAAGCGAGCGGCGUCCCCCCUGGCGUCAUAUCAGCACAAGAUAUCCCGUGUGGACGACCAGAUGGGCAUCGCCAUCGCUGGGCUCAACGCUGACUGCCGCGUGCUCUGCCGCUUCAUGCGGUCUGAACAUUUGUCUCACACGCCUGUUCCAUACGCCCUUUCGCUGCCGGGCUUCACUUCCUAUAUCAGUGGUAACACCUGUUCUCUCUCUCCCCAUUCGCUUUUCCCCCCUUCUCCCGCCACCCGUCUCUCCCUCCUACCUUUUUUUCCCUCACUCUCUAUUCCCAUACAAAUCUCAUGUGUACACGCAGCGCUUGUGGCGCCGCCCGUACGGCGUGGGGCUGCUGGUGGCUUCGACCAGACCGGCCCGGACAUUUUUCAAACCUGCACGUCGGGCAACUUCUGGGAAUUCCAUGCCAUGGCGAUCGGGGCGCGUUCGCAGGCCGCCAAGACGUACCUGGAGCGCAAGAAUGAGUCAUCCGGGGCGUAUUCGCUGGACGAGUUGGCGUUCAGCGUUUUGAAUGAUGCGUUGGUGCAGGAGCAUAUAGAUAGGAUGGAGAAUGAGGAGAGUGGGAAGGGAGGGGUAGCGAAGGAGGAAGUAGAGGUGGUGGAGGAGUGCCCUUCUACCUACUCGUCUCGUCUUCCCUUCCAUUUCCUCCUCGCCGCGCCAGGGUUCAUCGGCAGCUACGUGGUGAAGAUGCUGCUGGAGCGUGGCUACCACGUGCGCGGCACCGUCAGGGACCUCGACGACCCGCGGACCAACUGGCUGCGCGGCCUCGCGGACGGCACGCCAGGCACAAUCCAGCUGUUCGCGGCGGAUCUAACAGCCCCUGGGAGCUUCGACGAGGCGGUGGAGGGGUGCGAGCUGGUGUGCCACGUGGCAGCGCUGAUGACGACCAGUAAGAGCGACCCUCAGACCAUCGUGGCGGCGGCACUGGACGGCACGCGGAACGUGUUCGGGUCCAUCCUGAAGCACCAAUGCGCCAAGAAGGUGGUGCUGACAUCGUCAGUGGCAGCGGUGUCAGACAACAUGUUCCCCCCAGACCACGUCUUCACCGAGGCUGACUGGAACCGCCAGCUGUCAUUGCGCGCGCCGUACAGCAUGGGGAAGACGCUGGCGGAGAAGUACGCGUGGCGGGUGGCAGAUGAGUUAAAGGGCGUGGAGUGGAGAUUCGAUCUCGUUACGCUGUGCCCCAGUCUCGUGCUGGGGCCAGCGCUAAGGGAGGAGCACGUGAAGGGCAGCCUACAGUCGGUGAAGCAGCUGCUGGACGGCACGCUCUUCCUCGCCCCCAACUUGCACUUUGGCAUGGUGCACGUGGCUGACGUGGCACUGGCUCACGUGCUGGCACUGGAGAAGGACGGCAUGAAGGGGCGCUACAUCCUGUGCAACGGGGAUACCAUGUCGCUGCUACAGAUGGCUGAUGUGCUGCGAUCCAAGUACCCCAACUACCGCCUGCCAUCCAUGGGCAUGCCGGACUGGAUGGCGAUGCUGGCAGCCAUGGUGAAUCCCGCCGUGGGUAUUGAUUUCAUGCGCCGCAACCUGGGGGUGGUGCACCGGUACAGCGGCAGCAAGGCCGAGAACGACAUGGGCAUCAUCUACCAGUCGUCGAGAGUCGCGCUUAUUGAGGCGGCCACGUCGAUCGUAGAGCUGGGUCUGCUUGAUAGGAAGUGA